AUGGCUAAAAUAAAUCCUGAAACAUUUCAUGAGCUGCAACCAAGUCAGUUGUCUUUAUUCAAUCUACCAGGUCAUCAAACUGCAGUCACAAGAAUCACAUAUGAACAUAUUCGACCAGCUGCAACUUUUACAAAGACAUCGCCAAUAGAGUUUCACAUAUCUGGUGGAACAGAGUAUCUAGACUUAAGUAAAUCAACAAUGCAUGUACGUCUAAGACUUAAAAGAGGAGAUGGAACCAUAGCAGAUAGCAGUGACGUUAAUUGCGGGCCUGUGAACUAUGUUUUGCAUGCAUUAUUUAAUCAAAUAGAUGUUUUAAUUCAAAAUAAAAUUGUCACAUCUUCAACAGGAUUUUACCCUUACAAAGCUUAUAUGCAAACUUUAUUGAAAUAUGGGAAAGAAGCUAAAGAAUCGCAGCUCUCAAGUCAAUUAUGGAUAGACGAUCAUCAAGGAACAUUGGAUGAUGCAGAUUGUAACACAGGAUCAAAUCUUGGGCUCUACAGAAGAACAGCAUACAUAAAAAAUGGUAAAACUGUUGAUCUUGAAGGAAACAUUUUCCAUCCCCUGUUUUCAAUGAAUCGUUACAUAUUAAAUCAAGUAGGAGUUACUGUGAAAUUCUACAGAUCGAGACCAGAAUUUUAUCUAAUGUCGGUUGAUGAAGAUGCUGAUUAUUACCUUGAGAUUGAAGAUAUGUAUCUAUCAAUAGCAAAGAUCCACGUUCACCCCGGCAUUGUAUAUGGCCACGAUUCUAUACUCAGGACAGUAAACGCUAAAUAUCCCAUUGUGCAAAAUGAUGUUCGCACAAUUUCACUUCCAGCUGGUCAAAUAAGUUUUAACUUCAACAACAUAUUCCAGAAUAAUAGACCCAAUAAGGUAUUGAUAGCCUUUACGGGGAGUCAAAACAUAGCAGGUGACUACUCACUAUGUCCGUGGACAUUCAAACAUUGCCACCUAAGUGAAAUAAAUCUUAAAGUUGAGGGAGUGCCAGUUUCCGGGAAUCCUGUCAGAGUAAAAUUUGACUCGUCAAGUGGAGAAUCAUCCAUUGUUGCAUUUCGCAAUCUAUUUGAGGUUGCUGGGAAAACUCUGCAAGACUGUGGUAAUGGAUUAAACAGAGACAGUUUUUCUGAAGGAUAUGCCUUGUAUGCCUUUCAACUGGAACCAAUUUUUGAAGGUUUAGAUUAUUUAACAUUGAAAAGGAAUGAACGUGUCAAUUUGGAAUGCACAUUUGAUUCUCCCCUCACUGAACCAACAACUAUAAUCAUUUAUAGUGAAUUUAGUGGAUAUUUUGAAAUAACUCAAACUCGAGACAUCAUAAUUCAAGAAUGA